UGCCCACGGUGGGUGUGGCGCAUACUCUGCCCAUGGCCGUCGAUGGCCGGCUUCAGAUGAAACUCGGUUACGAUCAGAAUACCCUGCAGCUGAUAGUGACGCUCGUCUGCGCAACGGGUCUGACGUUGCGACAAAGUGGCGCCGCACGAAAUCCUUAUGCAAAAGUGUUCCUUCUACCCGAUCGGGGUACAAAAUCAAAAAGACGUACCAAAACUUUAGCGAAUACUUGCGAACCGCGCUGGGGCCAAACUUUCGUUUACUCGGGCCUAAGACGAUCCGAUCUCACCGGCCGUUUACUCGAAGUAACCCUGUGGGAUUACGUGCGCUACGGUGCCAAUGACUUCAUCGGCGAAGUGGUCAUUGAUUUGGCUCAUCAUGUGCUCGACGAUGAGGCGGAAUGGUAUCAUCUUCAACCGCAUCAGGACACUUCGUAUCUCUUGCAUCAGGACGACCACAAUGAAGCGGACAUUAUGAUUUUGACACCGACAGAUCAUUUAUCACCUCCCAGCACAACGUCACGUCUAAGCGAUUCCGAUACGACGUCUGAAUGUGACAUCGAUGGACUGACGCCGGGACGUGAUGGCGCAAGCAUAUCCUCACUGGGCAGCUCAUCAAGUCCACCACCAGAGAUUGACUUGAAUGAGCGUCGUUCGAGACGCGAUAUGUCACCUCAAGGUCGCAAGCGGGUUGCUGGUAUGGUAGCGCGUGAUUAUCGUACGGUAUCCGGCAUUGGACAAAGUUACCAUAAUCAGCAGGUGAGCACAGGUUACUUGCGUCGCAAUGGCGCUAUUACUGGACCCGGUAGUAUGAGCCUCAGCCAGCGGAGUCACUCUGCCGCACCAACUGACAGCUACCACGGCGUGACCGGCACCGGUCACAGUUACUACCGCAGCAGCAGCCCACGGCGCGGCUCUCUCUCGCCGCCUGACGACCGUUACAUAGACUAUCCAGUUCUUCCAAUAGAUGCAUCUGGCUCAGCGUACGGCCACCAAUUUUCAGGUGGAGCAGGCACGUUAACAGCCACCGCUGGAGGUGCUGCCUUGGGCGGAUUGGGGGGUGGGGCUGCGGCAACAAUCGGCCCGGGUGCAGGGCAACAGACCCGUUUUCAGUCGCGGUCCGCAACAGCCACUCCGACGGGAUCACCGAAGAAGCGACAAUUACCACAGGUGCCACAAACUUCUCGCAGCGCAAUGCUACGCGAUCGCCUGGGUCAGGAAUUCGAUGAGCGCCCGGGUGGCGGACGUUUCGGCCGCCAUCGUACACGCCAGAUGCAUCAUCAAGCAACGUACCGCAGUACCGGCAUGGGGGGAUGGGAACGCCACUACACAGGCCUUUCCGAUAGCGAUCUGCAAUCGAUGGAAACGCGCGUGCGGCCACGUCACUCUCUCUCACCCGACAAGGACUUCAUGGGCGAAUUCGGAGAUUCUGAUAUGGAGUCGGUGGUUAGCGUGACGUCGAGCGCCUUUUCCACUCAAUCGGAACGGCCGCGCGGCUCACGCGGGCUGAGCUUGCCACGCAACUGGCGCACUUUGUACGGUGCCGACCCGAUGCUUGGCGUUGCCUCCACCACGCAUGUCGGCCACCAUGCACCUGCUCGCGAGCGCGGCUUCUUUGAACGUUAUCGCGCCAAUACGAUUGAAGUCGAUGAUUGUGAUUAUUUACCAACCAGCCUGACAGGACCGUCAUCGCUGUAUGCCACAAUGCAGUCGCCGUCUCACCUCAAUACAGUGUCACAGCAGAUGUUGUUGCUCGAACAGCUGGAGCAGCUGCAACAGCUCGCAGAGUUGGCCGCUGCCGAUUCGCCUCCAAACACAGCGACGUCCAAUCCACAUAAUUUGCUAAGCGCAACCGCGACAAAUACUCCACCACAUCACGUUUUACCACCACAACACCGACAAUUGCAAUUACAACAACAGCAACAGCUACAAGAACCAACACAACUGCCAAGCCAACUGAUAAUGACCGACAAUAGCGGCAAUCUAGUGGUCGAUCAGUAUAUGCUCGAGGCGGGCGCCGAUCCGGGUUUGAUACUGAUGGAGCAAACAGGCGUGACGGUGAUACCGCCAACUCCUCCGCCCACAUUGCCGCCGCCGCUGCCGCCACCAGCGCACACUGUCAGCACACAACUACAAAUGCAACAGCAACCACAUUCACACCCACAGCCACACCCUCAUGCAUUUCACCCACAUGAGUAUCCGCCUCACAUACAGAAUUCCACACAUUUCCCCGAGUUUCUAACGCAUGCUGCCACUUUCAGUCCUUUCGCCGAGAAGGUUUCACAACGUAAUAGCCCGCUAGGUGCCGGCCAUUAUCCAUUCUACGAUCAUUUGCAACACUUCACUUCGCCAGUAGUCAACUUGUUUCGCCAAAGUCCGAGCUCGACACUCACCACACCGACUGCCGCGGCAGUCAAUUCCCCACAUCAACACGCUCAUUCCGUAUCAUCGUCACCCUCAUCAUACAUAGCGUACGUCCGUGAUCAUUACGACAACACCUGCAGCCACUGCCAGAACGGUAGCCAGCCAGUCGUACUAUCGACCAAUGCUGCACUCACCACACCUGGAAUUGCUAUUGGCGCUUGCGACAAUCCAUUUUGCAUUGCGGAGUCGCACCCUCAUCCGCAACAUCAUCCCGUCGCCUAUCCUUAUACAGCCGAGCAGCUUCUGCGUAGACCGUCAUUGUCCAUGUAUCAGCCAUCAUCAGAGCCUUCACUGCCAACUAUGGAUCCGGCAAUAUGCGGCGAAUGUGUGGAUCAGCAUUUCGUGAGCGGUUUCACCGCACCACAAAUUGACUUGGGCGCUGUGCCCACCUAUCAUGUUCAUACCCCAACGCCCACGGCGCACAAAAAGGCCAAGUCCUCACUUGCUCCGCCACCUCAACUGCCCACACAAUCGGUGUUGCGACUUUCGCGGCAAUUAAGCGAAGAUGCGCUUAUAACGGCAGUGCCUAUCGCGGAGUCAAAGGCACAGCCCACUUCUAUUCUCAAGAAGCCGAAAGUGGGCGUGCCAACGGGCACUUUAGAUCGGCGGAAAAUGUUUCAUGAAGGCCAAUCACGCUCUUUAGAUUAUGACGAUUUGCAUGCGAAGAGUUGGGGUCGUCGUCGAAUAAGAUACGAAGAUGAGGUAUAUAAUCCCACAUUAGAAGAUCUCUCACGUCGAUAUGGUUCGGAGACGAAUAUUCGGCAGUCUUACAUGGGUGCCAAUGUCGACGAAGUCAAUCCGCUUAGUCACUCGCACUUCCUUGUUACUGACGACAAAAUCGUCACCAUAACCUAUGACUCCGAUGUGGGAUGGACACGACGCGGGGUCGCACCAUCUGUGUUUCACGAUUCCCGACGCCGUUUUGAUGGUCGCGAACGUAAUCAUAUGUCUCUUAAUUUACAACGCACUAAUCAGGAAAAACUCUACGGAGCCGCACUGCCAUACCAAAAGCGACGUCGCAACUUACCGCAUCCGCCAAGCGCACAAAACGCUCACAACUUUUCGCCUGUGGAAGGCUACGAUGACGACGCUAUGAUAAUGGAUUCUGCCACACAUUCGUCUGCUACGCUGCCGCCACAUAGUGGCGAACCACCAAUGAACGGCACAGGCUCCGCCGAACGACCGGGUCCUAUUGGUGAACAUCGCGAUCAACGCGAACUUCGCGAUCCUCGUGAUCAGCGCGAUCCCAGUCGUUCAGCAGGGCCAGAAUCGUCGUCACCUAGUCAACCACGUCAUUCAUCGAUUGUAUCGAAGCGCAGUAAAUCAUCGAUGGCCACCGGUGGUGGUCAUCGCACACGAGUAGAACAGUUACAGCAUGAAUCGGGCAGUGAUCGCAGUAAUCUCGUUAGCAUAAAUGACCAACCAGAAUAUUUCGAAUACGAUGAUUACGGCGAUCCCUACAUAGACCCGCACACUAGUCGUAAUUAUACAAGUAGUGUUAGUUUUGGUAGUAGUAGUGGUAGAGGUAGGCAAAAAGGGAAAGAAGUUUCAUACGGCGCGGAACAACAGACGAAAUCUAGUAGUGGGAGUGGUAGUGGUGGUGGUGCUUCUUCUACUGCUGCUGCUGGUAAUAUCGUCGUCGGUGGUAAUAUUUCUAAUAAUGCUUCUUCUUCCUCUUUUGCAAAUUCCCAUCAUGGUGUCGCUAACUCCACAUCACCUAAACGUGCCUCAUUGAAACAUACAAAUACAACUAACGACGCUAACCUAAACGUAAACGUUGACGGAACAACAACUACAACAACAACUACCAUACAAACAACAACUACAUCCACAAACAUCACAACCACAUCAUCGUCGAAUACAACCACGGCAACAACAACAACAACAACAACUGCAACCUUAUCAACCUCAACAUCAAAUCCUGCUGCCACAACAACUACAACAACGAAUACUGGUGAUAUAACGACAUCCGCUGGCGAUGGCGCUGCCGCGGAUGAUGCCGAUGCGCCACUCGACGUCAUCGAUUGGGACGCAAUCGAUGCGAUGCUUGAUGACGACUUUAGUGAAUAUGACAAAGAUAAAAAUGGUGGUGGUGAGGAUAAGAAGGACGCCAAUUUCAGCCAGAGUGUAGACGAGAAAGUUGACGGCAGCUUAUCCGAUACGGCAACGGAUCGCAAAAAAGGCGGCGUGGACCAAGAACGUUCACCCAAAGGCGGCAGCGGUAUGGGUAAAAAAUCGAACUCCACUUCGCAAUUAUCGGCCACAGGUCGUAAAAGACGUAUGGGCUUUGGAAAGAAGGGUAAGAACUCAUUUACGGUGCAUCGCAGUGAAGAAGUUCUGCCCGGUGAGAUACGUGGGGCGCUGUCGCGCGGGUCGUCAUCUGAGGCCGAUGGUGGCGAGGCAUUGGCUGAUGUCGGAGCCGGCACUGGUGGGGAAAGAUUUUCACCAUCUCUACGUGGUAACGACGGCCAGUUGUCGGAGUUCAUAGAUGGUCUGGGUCCCGGACAGUUGGUCGGACGACAAGUUCUGGGCGCGCCAUCGCUGGGUGAUAUACAGCUAUCAAUGUGCCAUCAAAAGGGUUUCUUAGAAGUAGAAGUUAUACGUGCUAGAGGCUUACAGCAAAAGCCGACGUCAAAAAUGCUCCCCGCUCCUUAUGUUAAAGUGUAUUUGGUUUCUGGUAAACGUUGCAUUGACAAGAUGAAAACGUCAACGGCAAGACGCACAUUGGAUCCGCUCUACCAGCAGCAGUUGGUAUUUAAACAGCCAUACCAAGGAUGCAUCCUACAGGUGACUGUUUGGGGUGAUUAUGGACGCAUCGAGAAGAAAGUUUUUAUGGGUGUGGCUCAAAUAAUGCUCGAUGAUUUAAAUUUAUCGAAUAUCGUUAUCGGCUGGUACAAACUCUUUGGAACAACAUCACUGGUCAGUUGUCCCACUAAUUUAGGUCUAUCUAGGCGCUCAUCAAUUGUAUCACUUGACUCACUCAAACUGUAGCGAACACACGCAUCCGUACUAAAAAAAAAAUAAAACAAAAGCAACACAAAAAACACGAAUCUAAUCACACGUAGCCAAAUUGAAAAUUAAUAAAAAAAUGUCUAAAAAAAUUUCAAAACAUCCAUUAAUCUAACGUUUCUUCUUCAAGUUCUUCAAAAACUAAAAAAUUACCAUAGAUACACGUACAUACAUAUAUUUAUAUGCAUUACAAAUAUUUUUGAAUUCUAUUCGCCUAGCCUUAUGGACCUUACUUACCUUAAAAUCAGGCCUAAAAAUCGGUUCACAUCCUAUUCAAAAGUAUUCCAAAUGUAGCUUAGCCCUCGACACAUUGCAAAGACAAGCAAAAAUUUAUAAAAUUCGUUUAAUGCAAUUGUUGAUAGAAAAUAUUCUAUUUUAAGACUUUAUUUAAAUAUAACACUUUACAUAAUUCUAUCCACCUAAUUAUGAACAUUGUACUUACCUUUUCCAAUUGCUUAAUUGCCUGUGUCCACACAUUUAGUACUCGUUCUCCACGCUCGAGCAAGAAACAGAAAAUGAUAAUUAAAAAACUGCUACCACUUACUCAAAAACCACACGUAUGGGAUACUGUACAAACAUUACAUAAAACCUACGCAAAUACAUAACACUACAAGCAGUCAAAUACAACUUUCUUAUUACAUACAUACUAUGUACAUAAAUAAACGCUAUAAUUACAUAAUACAAAAAAAUUAAAAAAGUAUAAAAAAUGUAAUCUGAUACAAUUAAUUAAAAAAAAAAAAAAAAAUAUCGUAAAGCUCACACUCGUUUAGACCAUUUCACCGACUUAGUCGUUUGGCAUUGAAUCGCUCAACGUAGUUUAUGGUAACCCCUGCAUAGAGCUGCUUCCACGGCAGCGCCGCGAUCCUAAGUCGCUUGGUUAGCUGGGAAAUGAAAAAACGUACGGCAGAAUGAUGAGAGAGAGGGUGGAGACUCACACACCGAACGAACGAUGACACAGAGUCCUUAGCAAGAUUGCGGGUCUUCUACAGGAUCCCUAGUUAUUAUCACGUUUCGCAGAUGGGCACCUAUCAGCGCUCACAUAGCUUUGGCGUCGAUCAAGAGCAGCUCAACGGGAACCUUUUGAUUUCAAAC